UACACACUCAGAUACGGGAUGAGAAAGAUGGCACAAAAUCCCUCUUGUCCUCUUUGACCUUCACCGCUUCCCGUAGUCACCAUGGGAGAGAAAUCUCCUGCAUGGCUUCCUACCUCAGACAGGACCAGAGCACCGUGGCAGCAAACAGCACUGUGCAGACACUCAGAGUCCUGUUCUCUCCUGAGGAUGUUGCAGCCUCUGUGAGUCCUUCAGGUCCAGUGCCAGAGGGCAGUAGUGUGACUCUGACCUGUAACAGCAGUGAGGCCAACCCUCCAGUGCAGAACUACACAUGGUUGAGAGGGGAGCAGCACACGCCCAUAGGAUCUGGACAAACCCUCACCUUCAAUCUGAGCUCCAGUGAGGAAGGACUGUACUACUGUAGGGCAGAACAUCCACAGGGGGGAAAGAAGUCUGCGGCAGUGACACUGACGAUUAAAGAGAAGGGGAAGACAUCUUUCCUAAUCAUCGGAGCAACUGGAGGAUCUCUGGCAGUAAUCCUUAUAGCUGUUCUGAUUUGUGUUCUGAGAUGGAAUAAAUCAAAAUUACCUGAAGAAGAUGAGCACAUUUCUGAGUAUGAGACCUCAGCUACGUAUGAUGAGAACAGACCUGCAGGUGCUAACGGACCCGAACCCUCAGAGGAGCAGCCAGAGGAGAUCCACUACGGGGAGAUCGUCUUCUCCAGUAUGAAGCUCAGAGACACCAGUGAGAAGACGGAGCAGGAGCAGGAGCAGGAGCAGGAGACGGAGCAGGAGACGGAGUACGCAGAGGUCAAUCUGUCCAGCAGAGACACCCAGACUAGUGAUCAGACAGGCCCAGACAAUGAAGAGCUUUACGCCCAAGUACGGAAGUAAUUGAGAUCACUCCACUCUUGUCCUGAUGAUAACAAUGGCAAACAUUUAAAGGUGGGGUCUGCGAUUUGAAUCCAAUACACUUUUUUGUCAAAUUCAGCGAAUGUCUUUCCACUCUUCCGUGUGCUUGAAAAGCAUAAACAAUUCCAGUCUAUCACCGUUGCUUCUGAAGCACAGAAGGUAGUCAUUUGAUUGACUGCUCAGCUCAAAUAUCAAAAGCCUUUCAGAAUUGGGGACUGUGCCUUUAAUGAUGCUAUUAAUGUUGUCUUUUGUUUACUGCUGUUGUAUAAGUGCUAUCUCAGACAACCCUCAGAUUUGGUCUAUAUUAGUUAGUAUGUGAUACUCUGUAAUAUGUAAGAAAUACUAUAUUUUAUAUGCUAAUUAAAUGGCUUGAAUAUUGUUUUA